AUGUCGGCGCCCGCUGCUCUACCAGCCUUGCCCCCACCACAGUCCGCCCGACCAUUGAGCCUGAUACCAGUGGGAUUGAAAGAGGCUUCUCUAGACAGCCCCAGUUACCGCGCGACUGCUGCACACUUCUCUGACCAGGUUGACAUCGUCGAAAAAUGGCUCGACGCCUACGCUAAAUCCAUAUCGAAGCUCGUUCAGGAUGUCACAUCUCUAGAUGAAUCCUUUAAUGCCUUUCUCCUCCGUUCCGUCCCUCCGCAUAAUGUCUCCGAGGCUGUCCUGGACCAUGACUAUACCUUGCUCGCAAUGAAGAGAUUCGGGGAGGGCUCGCGGGAAUGGUGGUCCCAGGCGAUUACCGGGAUGAAAAGGAUGGACACCAAUAUCGUUGAUCCUAUCAAAGCUUUCAUGGUCGGAGAGCAAUCACAAAGGAUCUUUGACAAUACCUUGGCCCGAUAUGUAAGCCAGUCGAAAACCAAGGAGCCCUCCUCCCUUCGAGAAGAUGCCUUCCAGGUCCACGAAACCCGGAAAGCCUAUCUCAAAGCCUCGCUAGACUUCUGCAUCCUGGCCCCACAGCUCCGCUAUACCAUAGACAAGUUGUUGAUAAGGGUGUCCUCGGACCAGUGGCGGGAAAUGAGACGUAUCCGAGAUAAUAGUGGUGCCAGCUUUGCCCAAUGGAGCAGCGAGAUGGAUCGUGUGAGAGGGUGGAGUAGAGAAAUGGAGGCAGGGGAGAGUGUCUUCAGGCGGGAGUUGCAAAUUGCGAGGCGGGAGAUUGCAGAGACUGCUUCUCAAGCCUCCAAGCCAUCCCGAGAAUUGGAAGACUAUAACCUCUCCACGGUGAUUAAUGUGUCAUCGAAAGGCCCCUCCGCAGUCAAUAUUCUGCAGGGUAAGGAAGGAGAGCGUUCAGAAAAACAAGGAUGGCUAUUCCUACGAACUAUCUCGGGAAAACCUGCUCGAGCUUCAUGGAUACGGCGAUGGUUCUUUGUUAAGAACGGCAUAUUCGGGUGGCUUAUUCAGGGCUUUCAAUCAGGUGGUGUCGAAGAAGGGGAAAGGAUCGGUGUCCUCCUAUGCAACGUGAAGCCGGCAGCCCAAGAAGAGCGACGCUUCUGCUUUGAGGUCAAGACUAAGAAUCAAAACAUUUUGGUUCAAGCGGAGACGCAAGGCCAACUGAUGGACUGGCUGGAAAUCUUUGAGGUCGCUAAGAACAAGGCUCUGCAGGCCAGCGCUAGCAACGAUUAUCCACACCCAGGUGGCUUGGACCCGGCCUUCGCAAUUACACCUCCCCCAAUCCCUGAAUUCGCUGCAAAAACCAUCGAUGGCCAUGUGGCCCACGGAAGCGAGGAUCUCUCCUACACAGGACAGGACAGGACAGGCGCAUUGUCGAUUCCCGGGCCUGAUAUGGGUAGUUCGGCUGCUAGGAGCAGCUUUGAUGUCAGCGCUUUUCGCCGAUCAACCAACACGAGAGAAGACGGUGAAAGCGGCAGGGAUCACGCGACACGCAUCAUGCAGAAGUUGGAUCUUCAUAGGAAGAGUACAGUUGCGCCGGCCGAUCCACCUCCAGCACCUGCUCCAGUGGCACCAGGUGGCAUCGCCAGUCUCAUAUCUGCGAGUCACAACAUUUUGCCAGUAUAUUCGACACCUGCCAUCACCCAACAAGGAAACUUCACUUCGAAGCCACAGCCAGUUCUACUACAGGGUAAGAGUACGAAGCCCCAUGCUACCAGCACGUUGGCCCCAUCUACUCUAGCCAAUCCACCGGCCCCUACUAAUCUUUCCAAGUCUGCUGUCAUCAUCAGUGGUGAGAGAGGCAUUGGUGUUGGCCGAAGUGAUGCCACCGGUGGGAUGCCCUCUGGUAUAAUGGCAAACCUUUGGGGAAGUAGCAAUUGGGGAUCUAUGAGCCAAAUCGGAGAGGGUGAGAUCAAGCCGCAGGUGGCGAAUCGUUCCGUACCUCCAAGUCCAAAUUUGAAACCAUCGCAGCCUUCGCCAGAAAUAGGCGAUGAUAACCGUAAGCCCGAUAGUGAAGGCUCCGAUGUUCCGACGUCGGCCAGCGCAUCAACUGAUCCCGUUCCGCAAGCUCCUCUGCCUGCAGCCACCCAUCGAAAGACAGUCAGCGCCGACGUCGAAUCUGCUCGUCUGCAAAGUCAAUUGGGUCCGGAGCCGGAAGUCUUUCCUACCAAUUACCCUCUGGAGCUUAAAACCCAAGAAGCACAAUUCCGUAUGCUGUUCCCAAAUGUCUCAAGAAACGAUAAAGUGCUCCUCGUCUUCCGGGCCGCUUGGAAUCCAAAUGAGGAACAGGAAUUCCCAGGUAGAGUCUAUGUGACACAGCAUGAUAUAUAUUUCUACAGUCACCAUCUUGGUCUCGUUCUCGUUUCAGGAGUCUCCAUGGAAAGCAUCAUCGAGGUCACAGCCGCGCCAGGAAAAGAUUGUGACUUUAUGUUUCUUCACCUUCACGAAGAUGCUGCCUCGGGAGGCUCUACGAGGAUAACGAUCAAGACGUUCUUGGAGCCAUUGCGAUUGCUUCAAUGGAGAUUGAAUUAUUUGAUAGACAGGUCUCAAUCAAAUGAGCCUCUGAAUCUCGAGAGCACCAUCGCAGCAUUGAUCAAGAUGGAGGACGACGAUCCCGCACGAAGCCCGAGUAUGGAAAGCUGGGAAGACGUAUCGGUCAAUACGCCUAUCGACAACGGUACCUUGACAGGCCGAAGUCGCAAAGGCAGAGACCUACGCUCGGCAAUCCAUGCUGGGAGUGGGCUCCACCCGGGACGACCGAAUAAAGAGGUUACGAAGAUCCAGCUACCAUCCAAGCCAAUUGUUUAUGAGCCCCGGGACAUGCAACGGAAAGCGAUAGAAAGGCAGUUUGAUAUCAGCCCCAAAGCACUCUUCCAUGUCAUGUUUGGCGAUAAGAGUGCAGUCUUCCAAUUACUCUAUCACGAACGCCGAGCGCAACGGAUUGCGCAGGGUCCGUGGGUUGCUGUUGAAGGAAGCCAAAUGCGUCGCGACUUUCAGUUUCAAAUCGACUAUGUCGACAUACUCCGUCGUUCCAGGCAGGCGAAUAUCAUCGAUUAUCAGAUCAUCGAGGUAAUGAACGAUCAUGUCUGCUACGUUAUCACCGAUCGCAAAACUCCUUGGCACCUACCACAUCAUAAAGAUUUCAUGUUAGUCACCAAAAUUGUCAUCACUCACGUUUCGAAAUCCAAGUGCAAGCUAGCAAUUUAUACCAGAGUCGACUGGUCCAAGGCACCGAAAUUCUCCAAAGGCCUCGUCGAGAGACAGGCCCUCGAUGACUCGGCCUUGGAUGCCGACGAUCUGGUGGAUGUCAUCUCAGACCAAGUACGAAAAUUAGGACCACACAGCAGAACCAAAAAAGCAAUUAACAUUUUUGGGCAUGUCGGCCAACGAACCUCUGUCGCCCUGUUCUCAGCAACAGAGUCUGGUAAUUCAAAACGCCCGCAGAUUAAACAUCGAACUCUCACCAAUAUGCUAUUUGAGACCCUGGGAUCUUUUGCCGAGAGCUGCAUAUCGUGCAUUAUGAUGUGGGCCUUCGCAGCACUUCGGUCUCUCUGGCAGAUCUUAAGUGCGAACAGCAUCAUCUUGACCGCACUUCUUCUUAGCUUGUUGACAAACGCUUUCCUCACCUCACGAGACACGUCGGAAUGGUGGUCGGAACGUAACGCAGCGAAGUUCAUGUCUAGAAUUGGCGUUGGGCCAAAUCCGAUCAUGGGGAAAUCCGUGUAUCUGAAGGAUAUCGACGACGCUUUAACAUCCGUCCCGACUGAGAUGUCCAAUCGGACGGGAAGCAAAUGCUAUGACCAUUUCAGGGAUAUUACCAACGUUACCGACUUGGACUUGCCUUAUCAAACAGCCGGGUCUUUAUUCUCAGGCAAGGCAACACAGUCAACCGCCCGGCGGCUGCGACGUACGCGGCAACACUUGGGCUCGUACCGACACGAUCUCAUGAUCGCAAUGCGCGUGGUAAACACCGUGGAACGGGAAAUGCUGAAAGCCGAGUGGGAAAAUUGGCUCUUGGAUGAGAAUGCACGCUGCAAACAAGUGCAGACGAUGUUGCGGGAUGAUCGGGCGACUGUAGAUAAGCGAGAACAAGAGGCAGAGUCUCAACACAUCCUGGAGGUCAACGAACGGGGUCGGCUGGACAAGCUGUGGAAAUGGCAUGACGAUUACUGCGGCAGCUGCCAACUGGAGCAGGAUUUACUGCUCACAGGGAAGAAACACCUAACUUUUGGGUAA